CUCGCCCGGGCUGCGCGCCGCGACGCGCUGCCGCCGCCCCUGCCGCCGCGUCCGCCCCCCGGCCCCCGGCCCCCGGGGCUCGCCGAGCGAAGGUCUCUACCCCUGGGCAGAGAGGGGCUGUCCACACUCGAGGCACAACUCAUACCUUCCCUGUUCUUGGACAGAACACCGACAGCUGCUUCCACGGGGCCGGGAGCCAGGCCCCAGGGAGAAACCAGCCAUGGGCCUUCCACAGCCUCAGCAUUCGGGGGCGACACCUUAGGAGCGCAGGGGAGGCAGCCGCUGUCCGCCCCCUUCCACGGGGAAGGAGGGAGCUGAGAAGUGGACCCUGAGCCCAGGCCCCACGGGGGGCAUGCACCAGCCGCUGUGAGAGCCAGAGCUGAUGCCGGGCCCCCAGGGGGCUGGAGGAGCCCCUGCCAUGAGCCUGGGCAAGCUCUCGCCCGUGGGCUGGGUGUCCAGCUCACAGAGCAAAAGGCGGCUGACAGCAGACAUGAUCAGCCCCCCGCUCGGGGACUUCCGCCACACCAUGCAUGUGGGCCGUGGUGGGGAUGUCUUUGGUGACACCUCCUUCCUCAGCAACCAUGGCGGCAGCUCUGGGAGCACUCACCGCUCACCCCGCAGCUUCCUGGCCAAGAAGCUACAGCAGGUGCGGAGGGUAGGGGCGCCGCCCCGGCGGAUGGCCUCCCCGCCCGCACCCUCCCCUGCUCCACCCGCGGUCUCCCCGAUCAUCAAGAACGCCAUCUCCCUGCCCCAGCUCAACCAGGCUGCCUACGACAGCCUCGUGGUGGGCAAAUUCACCUUUGACCGCAGCCCUGCCAACUCCACGGACGGCCGCUCCAGUUACGGCGUGGACUCUGGGUUCUGCACUAUCUCCCGCCUGCCUCGCCAGGAAAAGCCUCGUGACCGAGACCAUGAUAAUACCUUCCCCUCUGAGUCCGGGCUUCGCCGCUCUGACUCCCUUCUGUCCUUCCGCCUGGACCUCGACCUUGGGCCAUCUCUCCUCAGUGAGCUGCUGGGGGUCAUGAGCCUUUCAGAAGCCUCUGCUGCUGAGACCCCAGCCCCUGCCACAAGUCCCCCCGCCCCUGCUGCCGGUCCCCCAGCCCCAGCCUCAAGACCCCCGGCCCUUGCCACAAGCCCCCCAGCCCCUGCUGCAAGCCCCCAGCCCCGUGGACACUGCCCCAAUGGGGUGACCGCUGGGUUGGGCCCAGUGGCUGAGGUGAGGGCCAGCCCAGUGGAAGAGUAUCCCUGUGCACCUGCUGGCGUGGCCCCUGGCAGGCACCGGGGAGCAGGCUGGGGGGACAACCAGGGCAGCCGCCACUACCCUGGGAGAGAUGCCUGGAGCCAGGAGCUGGGGGGAGUGCUGCCCCAGGCUCGGGCUUCUUGGGAGAGCCUGGAUGAAGAGUGGGGUGCACCCCAGGCAGGCAGCAGGGCCCCAGUGCCCAGCACAGUGCAAGCAAACACCUUCGAGUUUGCUGAUGCUGAGGAGGACGAUGAAGUCAAAGUGUGAGUGGCCGGCCAUGGGCUCAGGACCCUGCCGGGGCUCAGGGCACUGCCAGGAACAGCCCAGGUGCAGAGGCAGCACCUGAUAACUAGGUCCUGCCCAUGAUCGAUGGGAGAACGCAGUUGCCCCCCAGCCCCUCCACCCCUCUGCAGGACAGACAUGGGAGGGAGGCCAGAGGAGACCAGGCUUGUUCUCAUUCCUGCUGGGCUGCCUUGCCCAGCCCCCUUGCCACUCUGGACCCACAGCCAUUCCUUAGGCCCACCCCCAACCCUGUGCCACCCCCACUGAUUGGAGGGCCCAGCCUCACAGUGCAGCUUUUGUGCUGGAAAAACUGUCCUUGCUGGGGGUGGGGGGGGCACGGGGUGCAUACCACACAGGGCCUUUGUCUUCUCUCCCAAAGGGACCGCCUGCCCCAGCCCUCCUAGAGCUGCCCCCAGCAGGGUCCCUGCCGCAUCCCCGAGAGCCCCAGCCCUUGCUAAGGCUGCUUCCCCAACAUUCCAACCCUAACCCCUGACUUAUCCCAGAAGUCUCAGAGAAAAGUCAGGUGUGACCUCACAGGGGAGGAAUCCCACCUUCCUGUGCACCCCAGACCUGCUUCCGGGUCCUGAUUAAAAAAGGCUUUUUGAUAAAA